CGCUGAACAGAUGAAUUUAAUAAGCGUUAAUUUCCUGUCAGAGUUAUUAAACAGCGGUGCGCGUGCUCAGCUCCUCAGGGUGUUUUAGCUCAUUCUCUUUCAUUACUCUACCAUGGCGUUUUCUCUGAGAGAUAAUCCUCGAUCCCUGAACCGCUGGGACUCGGACACACCUGCCCUGUCUACCUGCAGCAACGCAGAUAUCUUCCGCAGAAUGAACACCAUGCUGGGGAACUCUCUGGACCUGACCGGAGUCUGCACCACUCCCAGCACCAAGACCAAGAGGGACUCGCUGAUCGGUAACUUUCCCCAACUCUUCGACCGUCCGGAUUCGGACCUGUCUGCGGUCCGGAGCAGGAUGCUCUUCCCCAGCACCAGCCAGGACUCGUCCCGGGGGCUGCCCGACGUCAACGAGCUGGGCCUGGGCCUGCAGUCCCUCAACCUGUCCGGUUGGGAGCGACCCUGGAGCAGCCAGGACUCAGAGCAGUCGGCCCAGAACUCCAACGCCUCCAUGCUGGGCAUGCUGGGAAGUCCUCUGGGUCAGCUCCUAAACAAACCUCAGGGCUUCAGCUCCCACGAGUCCAGCACUGGACCUUCAGAUUUCCUGGAGAAGUUUCCAGCCCUGGCUCGCCUCAACUCCCGCUCCUUACUGGGCUCCCACUCCAGCAGCCCUGUGGACUCCGAGACCAGCGUCUUCAGUUCUGGUUCUGAUCACCUUUCUGACCUGCUGUCUUCUCUGAGGAUCUCCUCCUCAGUGCCCUUCCUCAUGUCCAAUGUGCCAAAAGAUCCUCUGAAGCUCAGUCUGAGCUCCCGUAUGGAGCUGGACAGCUCCUCCAUGACCCCGCCGCCCAGCGCCACCCCGGGCAGCAGCCUGUCCCGCCGCUGGCCCGGCGCCUCCGUCUGGCCCAACUGGGACCUGCUGGAGACCCCUGAGGGCCCGUUCAGCAUCGAGAGGGAGGCUCGCCUGCACAGGCAGGCUGCAUCUAUAAAUGAAGCUACGUUCACAUGGAGCGGUCAGCUGCCCUCCAGAAACUACAAGAAUCCAGUUUAUUCCUGCAAAGUGUUCCUCGGCGGCGUUCCCUGGGACAUUACUGAGGCUGGCCUGAUCAACACGUUUAACUGUUACGGCCCGCUGAGUGUGGAGUGGCCUGGUAAGGAUGGCAAGCAUCCUCGUUGCCCUCCUAAAGGUAAUAUGCCCAAAGGUUAUGUAUAUCUGGUGUUUGAGUCUGAGAGGUCGGUGCGUGGGCUGCUGCAGGCCUGCACUCAGGAUCUGCUCCAUCCUGAGGGCUACAGCGAAUAUUACUUCAAGAUGUCCAGCAGGAGGAUGCGCUGCAAGGAUGUCCAGGUGAUCCCGUGGGUGAUCUCAGACAGUAACUACGUUCGCUGCCCCUCCCAGCGGCUGGACCCCAGUAAUACGGUGUUCGUGGGAGCGCUGCAUGGCAUGCUGAACGCCGAGGCUCUGGCCAGCAUCAUGAACGAUCUGUUUGGGGGGGUCAUGUACGCCGGGAUCGACACGGACAAGCACAAGUACCCCAUAGGGUCUGGUCGUGUAACCUUCAACAACCAGCGCAGUUACCUGAAGGCAGUCAGUGCUGCGUUUGUUGAAAUCAAGACGCCCAAGUUUACAAAGAAGGUUCAGAUUGACCCCUAUCUGGAGGACUCAAUGUGCCAGGUGUGCAGCCGCCAACCCGGACCCUUCUUUUGCAGAGACCAGGCCUGCUUUAAGUACUACUGUCGCUCCUGCUGGCACUGGCAGCACUCCAUGGACAUCCUCAGCAACCACCGUCCACUGAUGCGCAACCAGAAGAACCGGGACUCCAGCUAAACCCGCAGUCCUCCUCCCGCACGGCACCGACGCACCGUGCUUCAUCCUGGACCCCCAUCACCACCACCACGCCUCCCCGGGGCGGAGCUCCGGCGCCGGCACUCCCGCCGGGCACUGAGGAGCGCUGGGUUUCGCGGAAUCACUGUAGAAAGUUCACUUUCGCACUUAAAGAGAUUUUUCUCUUCUUUUUUAUUAUUAUUUUUGGCUUGUUCACUUUGGCACUUUGCACACAGUGAAAAUAAUAUUUAAUGAUUGUGGGUUUUGCAGGGGCCCACGUGUUUAAAACGAUAAAAGUCCCCCGUCAUAUUUUUUUUUUUUCUUUUUUUUUGGGGUGUGAAGAAGAAUAAGGCCAUGGUUUAGACUAAUUACGUUUCAUUUUUCUUAAUUUUUUUUUUUCCCAGAAUUUUUUCUUAAGGAUUUUUUCUUAAUUUUUUCUCUUUAAAAUUGCUUUUUGCUUUUUUUUUUGGUUUAGUUUUUUCCCUCCCUCUCUAUUCCUCUCCUUGAGCAGUCAUGCAAGUUCCAUCGUUUAACUAACCGAAGCCAUACAGUGCCUUUAAAAAACAUUAAAACAUUGUUUUCCUCUCUAGCUGCUUUUCCCAUUGCAGUUAGCCAGGGUUUUUUACUUUAAUAUAUAAAUAUAAACACACAGCUCAUAACAUAAUGAAGCCAUUUUCAUCCUCCAGACAUUUUACGCCGUUCUUUUUACAAAUUUUUACAUAAAAACGGUUUUAAGUCCAUGACAUGGAAAGUUGAACAGAAAUCUACCUACUGGCUUUUUAAUUUUCAUCGUUUUUUUGUUUCCCCACGUUUUUUUCUGGAGAGUAUUUUUCUCCCUUGUUCAGAAUGUUCAUUAGAACAAGAGGUUUUUGCUAAAUAUUGCUUAUUAAAAAUUGCGAUUUCAACCCAGAUUAUUACCCAUAUUAAUUUUUUUUCCUUUUUUUUAGCGUCUGCCCUUAAGGCAUUGCUUUUACUGGGUUGCAUAAAGUUUUCCGAUCAACUUUUUGCGAGUUUGUAAUCAGAAUUGGUAAUGGCCGCAGACUGCACAUAGUUUUAUUGUUGCACUUUUUAAUUUGCACUUUGGAAAAGGGGGUCGGUUUUUAAUCACCUAUUUUUGGACUUCAGCAGGUUAUCUUACGCAGGGCGUGACCCCGGAGUACCAACAGCCGCUUGUUGAAUGUAAAAAUCUCUUAACUCCACGUUGAAUGUACCUUUUUAGUAGACCAAAUGCAGACGGCACUUUAUUUCUGUCGGCAGCGGACGGGUCUGAGGGUCUUCAGUCAGGAUGGUCAUUUCUCCACAUCGUCUCCACGCUGAGCUUCUCUCAGCCCAGCUGCUUCUUAUUCUACCUCAUUGUGGUCUGCUGAGAUUGUGUACUGAAAUGUGUGAAGUUCAGGUUUUUGAUUGUGCACAAUAAAGGUGUUUAAGCAUU